ACUACACGCAAUUUAAUCCCUUUGGCUAGAGUUGCUGACACGGGAUAACCUUUUAAAAAGCUCUCUGCUUGUCUGUGUGGCCUAGGAGUGCCACGGCUUCUUUAUCUGACCCCGGGACCUACUGUGUGGGACACGGUACAGGAUUUAUAGCUGCAGUUUUACCCUGACGCUGCUGUGGGACUACAACCAAAGGUUUCAAAUGGACUGAGAAGGAACAUUAAAGACGGGGACGAGAAGUAAAUAAUUGCAAUAACUAUCCUGGCUCACACAAACGUGGACACAUCAUGGAUGAAAGUGAACGUGAAUUAUUUGUGGUGGUGCAGGAAUUGUGGGACAGUGAUGUUAAUCGACUGCAGCCUGGGAAAGAUUACCGGAUUUCUCUGCAGGGAAAAGCCAGGGGUGUGAUGACCACCAAUGAUGACAACGAUACAGCUGGUUUACCAUUAUUCACAUAUGUGGAUGAAGACAUUUUCAAAAAAGAAACAUUUUUGGCCUUUAUAUCCCUUCUAGAUAAUUAUGAGAGUGAUGCUGGAGAGCCUGAGGUCGUGACCCCAGAGGAGAUAGUCGAAAAUCACAAGUUCCUGGAUUCUGUUAUGGAGACGGCACCCAUGAAGAUAACUCACAAGUACCUUGUAGAGAAACAGCUCUCUCCUAAGGACACUGAGGAAUUUAAGCAACAGCUUUAUGGUAUCUGGUUUGAGCUGUAUGCCCGAAGGGGGUCAAGCAGACCAGACUCCUCGGGAUUUGAGCAUGUGUUUGUCGGGGAGACGCGAGGAGGCCGCACAGUAAUUGGGUUUCACAACUGGAUCCAGCUGUAUUUACAAGAGAAGUUGGGACAUAUUGACUACAAGGGAUACAGCUCAGAUUCAAAUUCACCCCAGCCAGAUGAGAACAAACAUAUCUUGGCCCUACAGUUUAGCUGGAAGAAUGGGAUCAAACCCAAAGGCAGUAUCUUCAUUGGAGUCAGUCCUGAAUUUGAGUUUGCCCUCUACACCCUGUGUUUUCUGACAUCGCCCAAUGAGCGGGUCAAGGUAUCCUUCAGCCUCUAUGAAGUGGAGAUUGUCUGUCAUCAUUACAACCAAAAACAUAUAGGAACUACAUAUCCUGUCCUCAUAAAAUAUCGAUCCAGCUAA